CUGUGAGUUCAUAUUGACAUUUGGUAUGAAAACAAUGAUGGACCUUGUGCACAAUUGUCAUAUCACUUGUUUCAAAACACUGUGAAUGGAUUAAAGAAGACACGUUUCCGUCUGGAUCGGAGCUUACAAGACACGCCAAUAUAUGUUAUGCUUUACGUCGAAAAGCCAAAAGUUCGCAGACAAUGGCUUCAUAUAGCCCUAAACUGUUAGAAAAGAAAUACAAUAACUGGGUUAAAGCUCAGUUAGCUGUAUUGUUGACUAAAGAAGGAGUUGAACCUUUUGUUUGUAAGGAAAUCAAACAAUUUCAACUGAAAUGUUUACAUGAUAUAUGUUACCUAAAUAGCUUACCAAGUGGGACUUCUUGUUCAGUUUGCUGUACAGAAAAUCUUGUAAAGUGUCCUACAAAUAGAAUAUGUAAUGUUGGGCGUGGGAAAUGUAUGUAUCAUCGAAAUGUUGCAACACGUUACAAUUCGUCUGGCUGUCCUAUCAAGAUAUGUGACAACUUCAAAACUGAAAUACAGAAUUCACAUAGGUACUACGGUCCGUCGUACAAAAACAGUGAUGCUACCAAGUGGUGCAGUAAUUUCUGGGAAGUAGCAAAGUGCUUCAUGCCCCCAGAUGGGUAUAAAGGAAAGGCAUCUGCAGCAGAAACAGACUUUAAUGGUAUAAUCAGCGUUAUCCUUAAUCACAAAGACUUCCAGGGUAAAGUAAAUGAAAACCUCAAUAAGAAGAUAAAUAUAUUUGAAGAGGCAAGAUAAAUUGGAAGAAAUGUUCGACAUUCAUCAACUCUUGAAGUAGAAGACUCAGAUCUUCAGAAUUACUUUCAACUAUUACAGCAACUCCUUUCUGACCCCGUGUAUUUAGGUACUGACACGCAUGCGCAGAAUGCUAAACAAAAACUUUUACAUGUGAUUAAACUAUUUCAA